UGCGCUUUGAUGAUAAAAGAGAGAGAGCAUUCUUUCUGGUGCUCGUCUCUCCUCUUUCUGGGCUCUGCUUGGGAACGGCUGCUUCUCUCCGAAGCUCGUUCAUCGUGACUUCCUCGAGCGCCGAAGCUCUUCAAUCAGCAAUGAUUUACACUGCAAUCGACAACUUCUACCUGACGGAUGAGCAGUUGAAGAACUCGCCGUCCAGGAAAGAUGGAAUUGAUGAUGCAACAGAAACAACUCUACGAAUUUAUGGUUGUGACUUGAUUCAAGAAAGUGGCAUACUACUCAAACUACCACAAGCUGUGAUGGCCACGGGCCAGGUUCUCUUUCAUCGUUUUUAUUGCAAGAAGUCAUUCACCCGUUUCCAUGUCAAGAAAGUUGCCGCAAGCUGUGUUUGGCUAGCAUCAAAACUCGAGGAAAGCCCUAGGAAGGCUAGGCAAGUCCUCAUUGUUUUCCAUCGCAUGGAAUGUAGGAGGGAAAACUUGCCAAUAGAACAUCUGGACCUGGGUUCAAAGAAGUAUGCAGAGCUGAAGAUAGAGUUAAGCAGAACGGAAAGACAUAUUUUGAAAGAGAUGGGUUUCAUCUGUCAUGUUGAGCAUCCUCACAAAUUUAUUUCAAACUACCUCGCUACAUUAGGGACACCUCCAGAGUUGAGACAGGAAGCCUGGAAUCUGGCAAAUGAUAGUUUGCGUAGUACUUUGUGUGUUCGUUUUAAGAGUGAGGUCGUGGCUUGUGGAGUUGUAUAUGCUGCUGCUCGGAGGUUCAAAGUGCCACUUCCUGAAAAUCCACCAUGGUGGAAGGCAUUUGAUGCGGACAAAGAUGGAAUCGAUGAAGUUUGUAGGGUUUUGGCUCAUUUAUACAGCCUGCCCAAAGCAGAAUAUAUUCCAGUAUGUAAGGAUGGAGACUCCUUUGCUUUCUCCAUGAAGUCCUUGGAUUUACAAUCUAAGUCAGCUUCAAAGGAGGUCCCACAGAGUAGCCCCCUGGUUAAUACUGACUCUAAUGCUGCCAAGACCACCCCAUCAUCCGGCAAUCUGGAAUCUGGUGGAUCCAAGGGCGAAUUAGUGGAUCCAAAUGGGAAGGAAUCUAGAAAGAGCGAUGAUGAAUCUAACAACGUGCCAGCUGAGGGUGGGGUAAAAGAUGAUUCUUUCCCUAAGUCGAAGUCUGAACACAGAAAUGAGGCUAUUGGGGAAAGGAACAAGGAGAGAGAGAAGGACAGAGACAGGGAGAGAGACAGGGAGAGGGAGAGAAUAAAGUCCAGAGAUCGUGACAGGGGAAGGGAUUCUGACAGGGAAAGAGAACGGGAAGACUCCGACAGAGAUAAGGCUAGAGAAAGACGUCAUCGCUCAAAAGACGGGGGCAAGGAUUCAGGACAUUCAGAUAAAUCAAGACAUCACUCUUCACGAGAUCGGGAAUACCGCAGUUCCUCAUAUUCUUCCAGGGACAAGGAAAGACACAGACAUCAUUCAUAUGCUUGAAGCAGUUGUCACCUGCCACAAUUCAGCUGGAUAUUCCAGUGGCCGAAUCCAGAUCCUGUGACGCAGGGGAAAUUUCGUCUUUUCAUUGCGAUGAUAGCUGGCUUUCUUGUUAGGUUUUGUGCAACUGACUUACCGAACUGUCAGAUACCAAGGGCAUGUUUCUUGUGCUGUAUUUAGUUGCCCUCGUGAUUUAGUCUCUGCUGUUUCGAUGAUGGUGUAUGAAUAGAAGUUAUUAAAAUACUUAAGAGCAUUUUUUUGAA